AAUGAUGGAAAAACCGCACUUCAUAUUGCAGCAAGUCACAAUAGUAAAGAAACAGCCAAACUUCUUAUUUCGCAUGGUAUAAAUAUCAAUGAAAAAGAUAAUGAUGGAAAAACCGCUCUUCAUUUUGCAGCAUUUUAUAAUAAUAGAGAAAUAGCCGAAAUUCUUAUUUCACAUGGUAUAAAUAUCAAUGAAAAAGAUAAUAUUGGACAAACCGCUCUUCAUAAAGCAACACGUUAUAUAGAUAAAUAA